GGUGCCAAAGUCACCAUUAUUUUUACUCCAAUGCAAUUUAACUGAAGACACGUUCGAGCGUUUCCACGACUGUCAAGGGGAGGAAUAGUAUAUUGAGCUUCUGAAUCUCUCUUAUGCCGCGAGACAUUCUGAAAUCGGUAAAAUUCAACAGAUAGAGACCAAAGAUAAUUCUUCGCACCAUCAAUCGGCAGUAUGACCAAACCGAAAGGAGGUUGUAAAUACGAUGGGGGGGGUUAGCGUGGAAACUUGGUGGGGGAAUGCAUGGACCACAAUAUCCAAUCCGAUCGAUAUCACUCCCUCCAAGCGGAAUUAGAUGGAGAUAAUGGAAUGUCUUCGUGGAGAUAUACUGUAAUUCCGAAACUCAAUGUGAGAUAUCAAGCGUUUGCCUCAGCUGUGUUUGACCUGACUGUCUUUAAACACACAUAUAUAUAUCCAGUAGAUGAUCCGUUCUUUAUUGUACACAUCACAUCCCACUUCUUCCCACACAUAUCUCUCUCUAUAGAAGCCUCAGAAUCAUUUCAUCGCGACAAUCAUGAGCAGAAAUCAACACAUUUUCAUGACCGGAGCCACUGGCUACAUCGGAUCUGUUAUAACUGAAUUUGCCAUUGCAGAAGGCUACACAGUCCAUGGACUUUCUCGAUCUGAAUCUGGAGAUGCCAAGUUGCUCAAAGCCGGAGCCGUGCCAAUUCGAGGCAAUCUUACUAACCUCGAUGUUCUCCGUCGCGAAAGUGCCGAAGCAGAUAUUGUCCUCCAUCUUGCGACUGAUUAUCAUAUUACCAAAGCCAACGCUAGCUAUGAUGCCGCGUGGCCAAUUGACAAGGCGGCAGUUGAAGCUAUCGCAGAUGGAUUGGAGGGUUCCAAUAAACCACUUGUUGUGACCGGUGGUACAUUAUUUGUCUCGCCAAAUCCAGAUGGUGGAGAGACUACGGAAACUUCUCCGGUAGAUCCAGAGCCUAUCAAUAAUCGUCAUCAAGCUGAAGCUCAUGCUCUCGAGCUGGCAAAGAGGGGAAUCAGAGUUAUCGCGAUACGAUUGGCACCAUGGGUUUUUGGGAGAGGGGGCAGUGGAGUCAAGCUAUUCACGGGUAUCUCCAAGCAGGCUGGCGAAGUGAUGUGUGUAGAUGGAGGCAAGAAUUUCACGACCACUGUUCAUGUUGAUGAUGCUGCACGACUCUAUUUGCUGGCUACCCAAAAAGCAAAAUCGGGAGAAGUGUUCAAUGCUAGCUCGGCUACGGAUGUUACUUUCCAUGAAAUGUGGGAAACUAUGGCCACGGCAUUGAAUGUGCCAUUGAAACAUCUUUCUACUGAGGAAGCCAUCGCUAAGCUGGGUCCGAUCAUUUCAAAAUUCAUCUCGAUGGAGAAUAGGGCAACGGGGGCGAAAGCUAGAGAUAUUUUAGGGUGGCAGUCCAAUGGAAUGAGUAUAUUGGAGGAGAUUUGUUUGACCUGUUCUCAAAGUCAGGAAGCUUAGUGGCUUUUCUUAGUGAUAUUGCAAUGGAAUUAUUAGUGUGCUGAGUAUAGUUAUGUCUAGCCAUAAAUCAGAUUGUUUUGAGAUCCAGGGGUGUACACAAAAUGAGAAGUAGUGAGUGAUAAACUUUAAAUUGUUCACA